AGUUCUAAAAACAAUUCAAACGAAGACAAUUCUGCUGUAGAAAAUGCUAUUACAACUGACGCUGCGGGUGUGUGUUAGUUGUGUUUUUAUAUACAGGGUUUCGACAUUAAUCCCUUUCUAUGAUAGAGGUGAAUUUCUACAAUCUCCCGCGCUCUCUGAUCCGUGGUUCUCUUCCUCAACAGGUAUGACAGGUAGUACAUGGAAGCAACAAUCUCCGGACCGGUCAUUUCCCUUGACAGGUAGUUCUUUGCAGCCACUAUUUCUGGAUCAGUCAUCCUUCCUGACAGGUAGUUCUUGGCAGCAACCAUAUCCCGACUUGUCAUCUUUCUCGACAGGUCCUUCUUUGCAGCCACCAUUUCCGGAUCAGUCAUCCUUCCUGACAGGUAGUUCUUUGCUGCCACCAUUUCUGGACCAGUCAUCUUUCCUGACAGAGUCUUGCAAAUGGUUGGGUCAGCUAGCAGAUACUUCUAUUCACCAUAGAGUAUGCGAUUAUUGUCAUUGUCUAGAGGAGAGAGACUCCUUACCACGAGGUGAAAAGUGCUUCAUCUUUGAAACGUGUGAACGCCUUCCAAAUCCACGGACAUCAUCAUAUAACUGUGGACAUUAUCAUAAAGGUACUCGGAUCAACUCACGCAGAAGGUUUCCUAAUAAAAUAGUUUGUACAUAUUGUCUUCGCAAUACGCCACAUCGUAGUUGUUGUUCCACAUAUUGUGAGUUUUCAUAGAUGUUUUGCACACACUACGUCGCCAUUUUGAAUUACCUACCGGUAGAUUUAAAAUGCGUCUCAAAGGUCAUAUGAGGAACCCACCCAUGUAAUUAUGGAUCAUGGACGCUGCCAUUAUAAAUAUAUAUACUUUCAUCAAACUUGAACUUGCGUGUCUGUUUUACUUUCAUACAAUAAUGUACACAUAAUGCUACAAUUGGAUAAAAGAAUAUUGUAUGGAUUGGGUCUUUAUUUGGCAUUACAUCUAUAUUCAUUAUCUAUUCUCCUUGAAGAUACAAAUAAAAAUGUAAUACUUA